AUGGCACCAUCGCCCAUUGUGCAGGCAACUCUGCAGUCUUCUCUCCUGGCAGCCGUGUCCAACAUUUUGGCGCAGGCCAUUACAGCGUACAAGAACAAUGCAACCGUGACGAUAGACUGGGUGCCCGUCUUUCAGUUUGUCUUGUUUGCGGUGGUGAGCACGCCGCCAAACUUUCUCUGGCAAGACUUUCUCGAAUCAACAUUCCCCGCACAUCCCAGCCCCCCACCAUCCAAAUCCUCAAAAUCAUCUCCAGACUCCAAGGAGAAAAAGGACAAGGAUACAAGCCCCCCCAAACUCUCUCUCACAAACACAAUCAUCAAAUUCGCCCUCGACCAAACCGUCGGCGCCGCCCUCAACACGCUCCUCUUCAGCACCUUUACGCGCUCCCUCCGCCACGCCAUGCUCCACGCCCCGCGCAUCACAAACCUCCCCGCCGCCGCAAAGUACUGGUCCAGCCCCAACGCCGUCGACUUCAGGGUUGUUGAUUUUGCCGUCGUCUGGCAAGAGGCGCAGGCCGAGUUCUGGUCGCUCAUGUUUGCCGCCGCCAAGCUCUGGCCGGCCGUGUCGCUCGUCAACUUUACGCUUGUCAAGUCCGUUCAGGGGAGGAAUCUGGUGGGUGCGCUGGCGGGAGUUGUGUGGGGGGUGUAUGUCUCUUUGGCGAUGGGAGGUUGAGCCGGUGGCUUUGUUGAGGGAGAAUGCAGGUGAGAUGAUGAUGACGAUGGUGAUUUGCCUUUGGGCAGGUCGGUCUUGAUACUGGAUAGGUACCUAGAUUUAGAACGAUAGACGCCGAUAGAAUGGAAAUAGCAAUCUACUCAUCCUGUAUCCUAUUUGCUGUUUCGAAUCAUGGAGCACGUGGAAGAGACGAGAUAGACCUUGUUGACGAGGAUUGACAAGCCGAGCCGGGCCGAGGCCUUUGAAUGUAGAGUCCUCUCGCGGGACUCUGGACUCGUCAUACGCGUCGUCGGCCACGGGGGGUCGCAGAUGCUGGUUCUCGAUAUCGUGGCUGGCCUGGAUUCAUGGAUCCAUCUCAAUCAGUUGAAUGGCGAUGACAUUAUGAUAACUACCCUCUGGGUUUGGUACUCUGGCUCAGGGCACUGAGCAGGCACAGCGUGGAAACAAUGCUCCAAGCAAUACAUGAUGCUUGUGAGUGUUGUAAUGUGGGAGGAGAAGGAGAAAGCAAUAUACUUGCGAGGAUAAAAGUGGAAGAUGGGGAUGGCGAAAGAGUGUAAGAGGCACUAGGAAGAAGAUGUAAACUUACCUUCGCCUUAAUGUCUGACAUGGAACCAAUUUUCUCAGUGGUAGCUUGCAUGUACAAGCUUAUUAAGGCCAAUCCUGGCAGAUUCCGUCAAGCGACGACAAAUCAGGACGAAAGUACAUGGGAAAUCAAUCACGGAGACUGGCUCCGUGCAUAAUUAGUGGUUUAUUUUGCGAACAACACAGUCUACAACUAGCCUCCCUCUUCUUUUCGCCCUGCUUGGGCUGUCGAGGGCAGAGGUGAGGAGAAAUUCGAGAGUUGCUCUUUUGACAUGUGUCUCAAAUCUCGUGCUCGGUCAGUGCAAGAUUGAAAGAUAAAUCCUUGAUAAAUAAGC